AAUAAACCACAUUGACCGCUGAAAAGAUAAGCGGAGAACAAUAUAAACAAAUCUGCAUUGCACAUAUAACAAAGUGUGGGCGUAUUUGAAUAAUUCUAUAUUAGUACAUUAAAGGCGGUAAAAACACUCAUCUUAUGCAUGGGUCAGAGCAACGGUUUCGUGGAGCCCGUUUCCAUGGUGACGUUGAGACUGAUGCACCGACCGCGGGCAGCAGCGUAGCGUUGCCUCUCGGGGAGGACGUCUCAUCUGUUACGAUCACUCAUAAGAACCACGGGCCUCACAUUCCACCCGUAACCUUUCAUGGCGCAAACAUGUACAUCAACUCCGGCACGACGACGCUCCGGGUCGACGCGCCGCUGCCCGCAUCGGAGGAGCGCCCGAGCGACACCCGGCGCGGCCCUGGCGCUUGUGGCGUUGGGUGGCUGGCACACGGGCACCUCGGUGUGGGAGCAGGUGGACAACCGGCUCUCGGACAAAAUAAUCACAUGCGGAGGAAAUUGCCCGCGAUACAACCGCCGAGCAGUGUGCGGUUAGAAAGGACCAGAACCGUGAUUCCUCAGCUGUCGAGAAACUACCACAUGCACCGACCGGGCAGCCUGCAUCCCUUCGGCCUCUCCAAGGAGCUUUCCCACAGCCACUCAGGGCAGCCGUUCACCUUGGGCUACCCCAAAAGAUAUGAACUCAAUGCAACUCCAGCCAUCCUCUUUCCCUCCACUCUAGUCCUCAAUGGCAGAAACACCUUUACAGAGGAAAACUGCAAGCGCAGCAGCUACGCCUCUUCUGCGUUUCCUCUGUUCAGUAGGCCAAAGUUGAACUAUCCCACCGGCUGCAACCUGCGGAGCGCUAAAGACCACCGUCAAAAGAGCCAGUCCUAUCCGGACCCAGUGGUCGGGGCGCCUCGCUCCUUCAUCCACAGGGUGUCUGAGCUGUCCAAUCUAGAGGGUGAGACAGUGAGACAAGAGAAGCUCAAGAAAAAGGGGAAACCCAAGAAGACUCCGUCCUGACAAUCACCUUCCACCCAGUCGCACCGGUCAAGGGUCAAAACUUUCCAGUCCGUGCCAACAACAUUCGAACCAAACGAAACAUUAGGGUCGCCGUCGCGCCGGUGGCUCGGCCUGACUGCUUGUGUGUCCUCGGUGGUGUUGGUUUCCUGCUUAACGUGGCUGCUCUCCACAUUUUGGGAUUGCUGACCUGUUUUCUCUCUAUUAGUUAUGUAGUGUUGUUCACCGUGGUAAAAUGGUGAUGAUGAAUAUUUUCUAUUCUGACUCACAGCUGUUAGUAUUUUCCCACUCGGCACAAUAGCUUGUAAUGGCUGUUACGUAAUACUGCCAUAGCUCUUUCUGUAUCAUGCAGAUGUUGCAGAUGCUGACAAGUAGUUCUAUACUUUGUUAAGUAAUUGGAAUAACUAUGUACAUAUUGAAUAGCUUAGUGAAACCGUUGUUGUGCCCUGUUAAAUGUCUUUCUGAAUUAAAUACAUUUAUUUUUCUGAUUAUUAA